AUGGCGGCCUUCGAGAGCAUGCGCUCUCUCCUAUGUGCUCUUUUGGCCAUGGUCAUCGUUCUUCGCCAUCAUGGAGCAGUGCUGCCGGAGCUGGGUGGCUUUGCCUCGCUCCACCUGCAGGACUUGGAGGACACGUGGGAGGUUCUUGCGCUGCCACUCGCGCAUGGCUCGGCAGAAGUUGCAGCGUUCUGGGGCAUCUUCCACGAAUCCCGCCGCAGUCGCAAAGGUGCACUGCCGUGGCUUUUGUUGGCACGGCAUGCCACAUGCGUUGCCCUGCUGUACGUCAACCUGGCUCGGAGCGGGUCUCUGUCUCAAGCAACUGUGCAGCGUUCGUGGUGGUAUGCCAUGGCUCUUUCUCGCCGAUGGGGGCCCGUGGCUUCUUGGGGCAUCACAGCGCCUCCUACACUUGAGGACUGGCAGCAAUGGCUGGAUGAGGUUGACCAGCUGGCUCCGAAUCCUGAACUCUUGACGUCUGAGGCAGUCACAGGAGCCCCGCUGGACAUUUUCCAUGCAGAUCUCGACUUGUCGGAGCUGGGUGUUGAGGACCAGACUCCGCCGCCCAGCCCAGCGGCUUCUUCUGUUUCUGUCGCGACCUGCGUGAGCCAAGAGCCGGAUGCAAGUUCGGCUGUGGCUGCGGACCUUGCGAUUCCUGCUCGGCUGGAAGAAGUUUCAGCUGCCGAGGAUUUAUUUCAGACUCCUCGACGGCAUCCUCGCAAGCGCGACUGGGACAGCCCGUCUGGUUCAGAGCUGCAGUGUUUCCGUCGGCACGCGGCGCUUGCCGCUGUUCCAAGAAGUUGA